GAGAUGGCAUUCAAAGGCAAAGCGGUCGACUCGCAGACCGUUCUCCUCAAUCUCUUGUUGUGUCUACUCAUAUUUUACUCUCUUUUCUACAUGAUUGGGAGUGUGUGCUUCGGUGCCUUCAGGUUGGACCACUUUGACGGACUGAUUCCAUUUGACUUUAAGACCGAACCUGCUGAAUCUAACUCCAAAUACUUGGUGAACCUCCUAUCCUUGGAGCUCACCUACUUUUGCAGUGGCCUUUUGUUUGCUGCGGUGGUGAGGAGGCGGGUGUGGGACUAUGCCCUCACUGUCACACUUCUGCAUGUAAUAAUCACCAGCCUUGUAAUGUUGGAAUUUCCCAUGGUGUGGCAGUGGUGGCUGGCUUUAGGUAGCGGCUUGUUUCUGAUGAUCUGCAAUGGUCAGCUGAUAGCUUAUUUCACGUGCCAGAGUGACCAGAGCUACUCCUCCUUCAGCAUCUACUGA